GCCGCCAGUCGCCCCUGGAUUUCCACUCAACGUCCCCUUGCAGUCGCUUCGUACCCAGAUUAUCGUUUCUUCGUAUUUUCUUUUCUGCCACCUAGAUCCGCCGGUGCGGUAGCGGAUGAACUGAGUUCGAGGUCUAUCGCCAGGAGCUCAACCCAUUCCUUCGCCCUGCCUUGUCGCGUUCACGACCGUGCCCAAAUUGCAAGAUGUUCUACACAGGAGAGCUCGAAAUUGGCACUGCCACAAUGUGCUUAUCCGAAGCCACUAGCAAUGGGAAAGGGAGGCGGAGAGAAGGGUUUCGGACCUCUCCUUCCAUUGGAGCUUCCUUUGGAUUCCCCACGCCGCCGCCUCCUUGCAAUAUGGAGAUGCGACGAGACUCAAUUGUGUCAUCUCUGGCAUCGAUGUCGAGCUUCGCAAGUUCCAUCUCGAAUUACUCCAUAUUGACAACGCCCACCUAUGCGCCAAGUCCUAUGGCUGAAGAUGGUUUCGUCGAUGUCACGGGCUACGAUUUAAACCAGGACACAGCGAGCCACGUUGCGCAUGGCCUGCCCAUGGAUCCUCAUCCUAAGGUUGCCCCAAUCGAGGAUAGGUUUUCUGGUUCCUGGUUGAUGGCCCCGCAUACAACCGACCUUAUCGUGAGCCCGAUGAUGCAGCUACAGCCACAGGGUCUCCUACCUACGGCUGAGGACAUCCUCCAGCACCAUCUAGCAGAGCCAGCAAGCAUGGAAAGCGUCAUGGCCUCCACUCCAGAGCCGUCGUGGGGGCAUCUUCCUGCUGCUGUCUACCUAGACAACGGACAUUCCUGGGACCAUGAAUUCCUUCGCCCCAUGGCUUCCGAAGACAACAUGCAGGCUUUAUGGGCGGCCCAGAUGCAACAAUCUCAAGGAUUACAGGGCCAAACGAUCAUCCCAUCGGAUGCCCUAGUCCACGCUGACGCCGGAUAUGGCGUCGCCUCCCCGAGCCCGUUGGCUCAUGUCGAGUCCUUCGACAACACAAGGCUCUUGCUCCCUCAGUCGCCCUCUUUCAUCGAUGCCGAGGACCAGGCCGGCCCCUCUGCGAGGCCUAUAUAUGUAUCAGCAAGGUCGCGCACCGGAGGUAAGACAGUCGUAGAGAGGGAGCGGAGGCCCAUAGGUCUUAUGAAUGGGUCUAAAAUCCAGAGACGUCGCAAGAGAUAUCAAAAGAGGAUCGACAACCCACCGGACAAUACUGAAAUCAAGCCCGACUCCGACGCCCUCAGAAUCCACGAAGAAGGAGUCAAGAUCCAAUGGGGCAAGGAGGGCCAGAUUAUCUUCUUCCAAAAUACGCGAGCGUGUCGUUGGUGUGACAGGCAAUUCAAACGUCCGGAGCACCGCAAGCGGCAUGAAGAAACACAUGACCCAGAAAAGAGAGGGCAAUACGGUUGUACGCUUUGCAUCAGGCGUUUUGGUCGGAAUGACAACUACAUCGAGCAUUACACCACUCACAUGACAAGACAAGGCAAAGACAGAUCUCGCAAUCUCAGGUGGCCACUUAGACAACUCGAGCGAAUGAUUGACGAUCCAAAGAUCAUCGCGAAGCUCAGGCAAAGGUAUAUCAAGGAGAAUGGCUCUCUUGAAAACGCAUAUUUGGACAACGUCGACGACGAGGAGGUGGAGGAGGAGGAGGAGCAAAUCGAUGCCGCAUGAGCGCAAGUCUGCUCUGUACGAAACACACUUUCGGUAUUUCUGGCGUCAUCUAGAUCCUGGGUUUGCUUUCGGAACUAAAUUUGUCCUGUCCAUCAUUAAUGCCUGCUGUCCAUGCUUGUUUCGAUUUUUGCACGUGUAACGUUAAU